UUUCUUAUAUUUCAUAAUUAUAUUUUAUAUUUGCCUACGGCUUGAUUCUUUUGGUGCCCAAAGUUAUGUUCAAUGAAUUCAUUUAAAUUUAAUACCGAUUAAUGUACUUUAACGAGUUUUUAAUUGUCUACGCAAUGCCCUUAAAAGGCCUAGUCCAUCUCAGGACCCACAAUAGUUGCAGCCCAAGCGUUAUAGGAAAUGAAUCUUAGUUUUGAUAGGUCUGUGGAGGUGUUUUACACGGGUCAGAAGCGCAUUCUGGACUGGUAUUCGCUUUGGCCGCAGCAGGUGCGCUGGAAACGUGUGCUGCACGGUAUCAAUUUCUGGCUUGUUUUCGGCUUCCGGAUGAUGAUCUUAAAUUUCAUGUUAGUGAUGUACAUUGGAAUCAAUAUACGGCAUAUGAGCGAGGUAAUGAAGGGUUUCUUUUUGCUGGCCACAAGCGUUAGCUAUUCCAUAAAGCUAUACUCCUUUAAGUGUAAUAACGUGGCCCUGCUCCAGAUACUUGCCAAUCUACACGAUCCACUAUUCCGGCCGGGCAGCCCGGAGGAGCAGCGAAUCUUUGUGGACGCCAGGGAAUUAAGUCGUACUGUCCGUAAUUUUUAUGGAACUUUCUCGCUCUGUACUCUAAGUACAAUGCUCUUUACACAAUAUAUCAUCGAUAAUAGCGAACUGCCACUGGUUAGCUAUGAUCCUUUCAAUGGUGCACCCGGCUCCUUUUGGUACUGCAUCCUGUACAUUUAUCAAUGUGUUUCACUCUCGACCGGCUGCUUUAUGAAUAUAUCCGUCGAUUCGCUCUGCUGUUCCAUAUGUAUCUUUAUUCGCUGUCAAUUAGAUAUUUUGGCAUUGCGACUGCAAAAUAUUGGACACAAUUGCGAUCUGGAGGGCACAAAGAAAGGCGCCGAAGUGGAGCGGCUACUGAAGAAUUGCAUUUGCUACCACAUGAAGAUUGUCCAAUUGGCAGCUGAUACAGAGGCUUUGGUCAACAAACCCAUAUCGGCGCAAAUAUUCUGCUCUGUGCUGGUCUUAACAGCCAACUUCUAUGCCAUGACGCAGCUAUCCGAUGAAAAGCUGUUUCUUAUGAAAAUGGUAAAUUACCAAGUCUGUAUGCUCAUGCAGAUCUUUAUAUUAUGCUAUUUUGCGGGCGAGAUAACACAGCGCAGUCUGGGCCUGCCCCACGAUCUGUACAGAUCCAAUUGGGUGGAUUGGCAGCGGUCCAAUCGGCGGCUGCUGUUGAUGCUGAUGCAACGUCUGGAUAUUCCCAUACGUAUGAGGACAAUAAAUGCCAGCCAUGCCUUUGACCUGGAGCUGUUCGGUUCGGUGAGUUGUGACUGUAUUUUGCGCACUGUAAAAUAUUCCAUAAUGAGCGGCUCAUUAGGGCUAAUUAGCCUGCGUGUCCUUGCGUAAGCUGGCC